AUGAAAUUCUCCACCACCACGGCCGUCGCGGCCCUCCUCGGCAGCUCCUUGGCUCUCAAGGAUAACCCAGAUAAACGAACGUUUGCUGUCUUGCGCUUCACAAACAAGCAGCUUACCAAGGGCCGCAUGGAUCCCAUCGUCACGCCAGGGCGGGUCUCAACCCACGUCCACAGCGUCAUGGGUGGAAGUGCCUUUGGCCUUGCAUCUACAGGCAAGGACCUCUUGUCCUCCAACUGCACGACCGCGUUGGUCAAGGGGGACAACAGCAACUACUGGUUCCCUUCGCUGUAUUUCAAGGAUCCCAAAACCGGCAAGUUUGAGGACGUUGAACUGUUUUACGCCAAUGCCUACUACUUCUUCGAUGCCUCCAACGACGAAAUCAAGGCCUUCCCUGUCGGCCUGUCCAUUGUCAGCGGGGAUCCGACCCUGCGGAAGCCCCCGAGUCGCGAAUUCAUGUCCAACCUGGACCCUUCCAAGGGCCCGGUAAAUCCAGUCAAGUGGACGUGCCCUCGCACGAAUAUGAACCAGGAAGCUUGGCCAGCCAACUCUGACGGGCUGACGGCCGGGAUUGGCGACCCCAACAACAAGGGCGAAGGUGUGGGAUUCCCCGACGUCGACUGCGACGGCUUCGCUUCCCCACUUCGCGGAGAUAUUCACUUCCCUUCGUGCUACAACCCUGCAGCCGGGUUGGCAAACUUCAGGGAGAACAUGGUUUUCCCCAGCGACGCUGGAAACGGCAAGUUGGAUUGCCCCAAGGGAUACAUCCACGUCCCACAUAUCUUCCUGGAAGUGUACUGGAACACCCCCGCUUUCAAGGAUCGAUGGCAGCAAGGAAAAGGAUCGCAGCCCUUUGUUCUUUCCAACGGCGACGCGACUGGCUACAGCAACCAUGCUGAUUUCAUGGCUGGCUGGGAUGAGACCCUUCUGCAAAACAUCAUCAACCAUUGUGACAAAGGCACUGCUGGCAUGGACCAAUGCCCGGAGAUCAAGGGCGUCAACAAGAACGAGUGCACCAUCGAAGCCCCGGUCAACGAAAAGGUCGGCGGCCUGCUGGAUGCUUUGCCAGGCAACAACCGCGUCACUGGUUGGUCCUAUGGCGGUGGCGGCAGCGACGGCGGCAGCAGCAGCUCAUCAGUUGUUUCCAACCCCCAGCCGUCCGAGUCUUCUGCCCACCAGCCCGCCUCUUCGUCCGCCUCUCUGUCCUCGAACAAGAAUCAACCCACCUCGCUCAGCACUCGUCAGGACGACGGCGGCCGGCCCACCGCGACAUCAGAGGCCCAGAGCACCGCGCACCCUUCGGACCCAGCCGCAACAUCGGAUGGCGCUUCUUCGUCCAAGGCAGCACUGCCUACUGCUCCGCCAUCAAACUGCGUCCCAGUUACACACACGGUGCGGGAAACCGUCACUGUCACUGCGGCGAUGCCCAGUUUGACUAAUCAACCCGUGUCCAACUCGAGUCGCACGGCUGGGGACUUCAAGUAUGCCGGGUGCUUCAAAGAUUCCAGCGAUCGUGCUCUAAGAGGCGACAUUCGCCCCAACCUCGGGGCCGUCAGUAACGUAAAGUGCGUCACGCACUGCAAGUCCGCGGGCUACGCACUAGCCGGAACCGAAUUUGGCGGCCAGUGCUACUGUGGAAACGAGCUUGUCGGCUCUGACCAGGUUGAUGAUUCAAAGUGCAAUACGGCUUGCGAGGGGGACAAGGCUGAUAUAUGCGGAGGAAGCUGGGCGCUGAGUGUGUUCAGCCUCGACGGACAGGUAAAGUUGGGAGGCUCCAAGGGGCGACGGCGUGCUGUCGAGCACCUGCACCGACAUCGAAGCCAGCGCCGUUGA